AUGCCUGACAAAGACGCCGGCACUCCUCGUGUCUUCCUCAUCCGCCACGGUGAGACCGAAUGGUCCAUGUCCGGCAAGCACACAGGCAAAACCGACAUUCCUUUGACUGCCCACGGCGAGUCUCAAGUCCGCAGCACAGGCGCCAUUGCCGUUGGCAACAACAAACUCAUCGAUCCCUCCAAGAUCGGCAUGUGCUGGGUCUCUCCCCGUACGCGCGCUCAACACACCUUUUCUCUGCUCUUCGGCGACAAGCAAGAAGCCGCUCUCAGAGAACAAGGAAAGGUCCAGACCACCGAGCAGCUUGCCGAAUGGGACUAUGGCGCCUACGAAGGUCUCAAGCCCGCCGAAAUUCGUGAGUUGCGCAAGUCUAAGGGCUUGGACACCGAGCGCAAAUGGGACAUCUGGCGUGAUGGAUGUGAGGACGGAGAAUCGCCUGAUCAGGUGGCUGCUCGUAUCGAUGAAUUGAUUGUCAAGAUCAGAGAGCUUCAGGGUCCUAACAUGAAUGGCGAACAACCUUGUGAUGUUGUCCUGGUCGCUCAUGGUCACCUUACGAGAUGUUUUGCCAAGAGAUGGUUGGGUUACCCUCUGGACAUGAACCUCAACUUGAUGAUGGAACCUGGCGGUGUUGGUGUGCUGAGCUACUCUCACCACAAAGUUGAUGAGCCGGCACUCUUGCUUGGUAUUGGCUUCCCUGCGCAGUCAUGA